AGAGCCGGGAGGGGCGGAGUCCUGGAGGUCACGUGGGUUUGUGGCCUCAGCCCUAUCCACUUUUUAAGCGGCGGCGAUCCUGUGAGCUAAGCUAGCAUUUGCUUGGGUUACGCUAACGGUUCGCAGCCAUGAGCUUUGGGGUCAAGGGCAAAAGCUUCCUGGCAGCAGGCUGUCUACAGCACCAAGUGGCCGUCGUCACUGGCGGAGGCACAGGCAUAGGAAAGGCCAUCACCAGUGAGCUCCUGCAUCUGGGGUGUAAUGUGGUCAUUGCAUCCCGGAAGUUUGAUAGAUUAAAAUCCACUGCGGAUGAACUGAUGGCCAGUCUGCCUUCUGCCAGCAAGGCUCAAGUCACUCCGAUAAAAUGCAAUAUCCGUAAUGAAGAGGAAGUGAAUAGUUUGGUUAAAUCCACCUUAGAUGUUUAUGGUAAGAUCAAUUUCUUGGUCAACAAUGGAGGAGGCCAGUUCAUAUCUUCUGCUGAAGACAUCAGUUCAAAGGGAUGGCAGGCUGUGAUUGAAACCAACCUGACAGGCACCUUCUACAUGUGCAAAGCAGUUUAUAAGGCCUGGAUGAAAAAUCAUGGAGGAUCUAUUGUCAAUAUCAUUCUUACUACUAAAAAUGGAAAUCCGCAUAUGGCGCAUAGCGGAGCUGCCAGAGAAGGUGUUUGCAACCUCACCAAAUCCUUAGCUCUGGAAUGGGCCAACAGUGGAAUAAGGAUCAAUUGUGUUGCCCCUGGAAGUGUUUAUUCUCAGACUGCUUCUGACAACUAUGGUCCUGCAGGACAAGUCUUAUUUGAAGGGUUUUAUGAGAAAAUCCCGGCUAAGAGACUUGGAGUUCCUGAGGAGAUCUCCCCCUUGGUGUGCUUCCUGCUAUCUCCGGCAGCUUCGUUUAUCACUGGACAGGUGGUGGAUGUGGAUGGAGGCCAAUCUCUGAAUCUGCAAGGCUUUGAGAUAGCAGAUCAUGACAACUGGCCUGAAGGAGCGGGGGACCUUUCAGUUGUCAAAAGGAUGAAGGAGUCUUACAAGAAGAGAGCCAAGCUCUAAGCUAAGGAAACAUGGAAGUGUCCUUUGUCCCCAAGUGCCUUAACAUCUUGAGCAUGUACUUCUGUACUUUAUGGGAACUUAAUUUGCUUUUUUAAUAUUAUCAAUUACAACUAUGCAAAAACUCUUGCUAAAAUAAAUGCAUUUUCUUUUGGCCACGCCUGUGGCAUGUGGACGUUCCCCAGGCCAGGGAACAAAACUGUGCCACAGCAGUGACCCGAGCCACUAUAGUGACAAUGCUGGGAUCCUUAACCCACCUUGCCACAAGAGGAUCAAUAAAUGCAUUUUUAAGUCCCAACCAAUGCCCUUCAACUUGUGAUCAGAAACAUUUUUGAUGAAUGGGAGUUCCUGACGUAGUUCAGUGGUUGAUGAACCCGACUAAUAUCCAUGAGGAUGUGGGUUCAAUCUCUGGUUCUGCUCAGUGGGUUAAGAAUCCAGCAUUGCCAUGAACUGUGGUGUAAGUUGCAGAUGUGGCUCGUAUCUGGCGUUGCUGUGGCUGUAGGUCAGCAGCUACAGCUCUUGUUCGAUCCCUAGCCUGGGAACCUCCACAUGAUGUGGGUGCGGCCCCACCAAAAAAAAAUUUUAGCAAUAGAAAUCAACAUGCGUUGUGCUUUUUUUAAUUCUAAGAAAGGUAUUUGAAAAGUGAAAUAAUUUCAAAUUAAUGACAGAGGUACCAUCAUCUCCCAAAAGAUUUGAAUAUUUAAUUAUAAAGGUAGGCAAUAAAUCUAUUGUGGCAUCAUUUGAUUUUUACAGCAGAAAUAUACCAUGACUCACUGGUGGCACUUUUGGAUUAAUAAAACUGUAUGUGAUAAUUGAGGUAUGAUUUGUUCACGAAGUCAAAUCUGUGUAAGUCCUCUUAACUGAAAAGAAAAAUAAAGUCCUAAGGAGUACUUUUUGCAGUGCUUGA